AUGGGUUCUUUAUGGUCGCAAGAUAGUCUCUUUAUCCCAGAAGAUUGUGGAUCGCAAACAAAUAAAUUGGCAGAAGAAAUGAUAGCGCCAAUAAAAUCUGUUACAGAAAUAAAUAUUUUAGAGUCACAGAUCAAGGAAGUAGAAAACAUAGCAGUUCAGACGUCUCUAUUAACCUCUGACAAACUUACUCAGACAAAUAAUAAACUUAUUUAUAAUGUGUCUGAGACACAAACAGAAAUGUCGUUGUUUAAUUCGUUAAGUUGUGAAAUACAAACUGACGUCUCAUUAGAAAAUCUCAUUUUAAAUAAAAAAUCUUUGGACGAGCCUCAUAGUUCAAUUUCAAAAUUAAUAAAUUAUAUGCACACUGGUUCUCAGUGUUGCCUCUUAUCUACUAAAAAUGAGCCUCUUUUAAAAGAAGAUGUGUCGAAUGAUUUGUCAAAUGCUGAAGUGGGCGUUAAUAAAAAAUGCUCGUUCUUUAUGUUAGACUCUUACUAUCAAGCAUAG